AUGACUAACGACUCACCAAUAAAGGAUCUUAGAAUAUAUAUUGGGAAUAUAUCUCCUAAACUUAAAGAAAAUGAACUGAGUUUACUCACAAGAAUAGCUAAAUAUGGAACCAUCAAAUCAUCAUUAGAAUUUCAUACUAAACCUUUACAAUUACAUUAUUUUGCUUAUAUAACUAUAUCUACUACUGAUUCUAAUUUUAAUAAUUUAAAGAAAUCAUUAAAUGGAAUUUUAUUUAUGGGGAUGAAAUUAAUUAUUUCUUUAGCUAAACCCAAUUAUUUACAAAGAUGGAAGAAAUCAAAUUCCAAAUCCAAAUCCAAAUCAAAAUCAAAAUCAAAAAAUAAUAAUUUUAAACAAUUGGAACAAUUACGUCGAGAUAAAAUUGUUGAAUCUCGAUUAGAAAAAAUUCAAGAAUAUAAAACAAAUUAUCCUAUUAAUAAUUUCACUUCAAAUUUAAUCACUUCAUAUAAUGCUGGAUUUAAUCAAUCAGAAAUUUCUCUUCUGGAACAUACAUUAAAUAAUAGUUCUGGUAAUACCAAAAAUCCUCCACCAAAACAACGAUUAAUUGGAUCAAAAUCAUAUGGAGCAUUAACUAAACCGAAAAAAUUCAAUGAAAAUCGAUUUUUAUAUCGAUCAGGUAAAGGUAUAAUUAUAAGAGGAGUUCAUCGUAAAACUCCAAGACUGAAUUUAAAAUUAAAACAACAAACUUUAAGAAUUUUAAUUAAUGGAGAAUUGAAAACAUUUAAAAAUUAUAAAACAAAAUUAUGGGGGUUUGAAAAAAAUAAAACCAUAAGAGAUUUAACUUGGAGAUUUAUUAAUGGUGAAUGGAGAUCAGGUGAUGAUCAUAUAAUUGAAAAAGUUACAUGUGGAAUAUCUGGAGAACAAGCAAAAAAUUAUGGUAAAGAUAAUCCUAUAAUAGAUGAAGAUAAACACAAUGGUAGUGAUAGUGCCAGUGCCAGUGCCAGUGCUAGUGCUAGUAAUAAUAGGGAAGAAAUUGAUAAAAAUAAAUCUAUAUUGGCAUCAAUGUUUGAUUCGUACGAUUUUGAUAAACCAAUAGAAUUAGCAGUAACUGGAAAUGAUGCUACUACUAAUGCAGCAGCAGUAGCAGCAGAAGAAAGUGAAAGUGAAAUUGAAAUAGAUUCUAAAGGUAGAAAGAAAGCAAAACAUUACGAUUAUGAAAUUGAAGGGAAAAUAUCUGAAGAUGAAUAUGAAGAUGUUGAACAGUUUAAUAAAAUUGAUAUUCAAUCUGCUAAUCAAAUUAUUGAAAAUUAUAAACAAUCAUCAAAUAUUGUUCCUAUUAAAGAAACAUAUUAUGAUGAAGAUGAUGAAGGUAAUGAAAUUGAAUUAGAUGAAUUUAACAACAAAUAUACUACUGAAGCAAUUAAAAACAAAUAUGAUAAAGAUCAUAAAGAAGAGGAAGAGGAAGAGGAAGAGGAAGAAGAGGAAUUUAUUCCAACUUUUGGUGGUGCUCAUAAAACCAAUGUUAAUAAUACUGAAACUUUAAGAGCAUUAUUUAACCCAACCACAAUUGAAACUAUACAACCAACAUCAUCAACAGAAAAUAGUACAUCAUUUAAACUUGGUUUACAAGAUGAUGAUGAAGAUAUUGAUACAGAUAAACAAUUGGAUAAUAUUAAACAACAAGAAUUAUACAAAACAUUACAACAACAACAACGUCAAAAACAAGAACAAGAACAACAGCAACAAGAAGAAAUCAAUAAUCAACAAAAAUUUGGUUUAUUUUGGUGUCAUUUUGAUUCACCAUUUUUAUCUACUCAAUCACAAUUUAGUAAAUUAGGAUUAACUGGUGGUGGUGGUAGUGGUGGUGGUAAUAAUGGGAAAAUAAAAUUACCUGGCGAAGAACAAGACGAACAACCAAAAGAAGAUAAUGAUGAGGAAGAAUCAUUAUAUGAAAAAUGGUUUUGGAGUAUGAGAGGAGAGAUUUCUCGGGAAUGUAAACGUCGUAAACGUGAUUUAUUAAGAACUAUCCGUAAAAAGAACAAGAAAAAUUGA